AUGGCGAAGAAGACCAUCUACACAAAGAUCACGCCCCUCCCUCGCAAUGUCCCCCGUCAGCUUGCGAUUGAGAUGCUACAUUCCCACAAAGAGGUCAUCGAGCUGAAUCCUCUCGUCACUGGCGUCAAACAAAUCGAUGCGCCCCGCGAUGCGCCCAACGACGAGUACUUUUCGCAAUGGUACGAGAUUAGUGAGAUCAUAACAUGGGGGUUCGGCUUGAGGAAGAAGAUUGCUUUCAAGGGUGUGUUCCACGAUCAGCCAUAUGGUUUACAAUCGCAUGUUUAUGCGCCGAUGGGUGUCGAUCUGAGGAAUAAAUAUCGGAUUGGAGGGAAUCAGCCGGGCGAGCCACGAGAGACGAGGGAGCUGGGAGUUGACACGCCGUUGGAUGGACUGUACUUGAGAGAGGAUGUUGAGAUUGUGUGUAACAUUGCGCUGGCGAGUUUCGUCAAGAAAGAGACGAAGGAAGCGACGGGAAAGAUGAUUGAGAGGUUGGCGAGGAAGGCGGAGCUGUUGGACGAGGGAAAGCUGCAUGCCAUGUUCGAGGAUGGGAUGUUGAAGACUGCGAAGCCGAGCGCAUUCAGUGACGAUGGGAGUCAGCCUAGUGGGAGUAUGGCUGGAACACCUCCUGGGAGUCCGAGUCCUUCUAUGGCUGGGUUUGGAUCGCCACGAUUGGAUAAGAAGGGGUAUGGAAACUACCAUGACAUUUCGCGAACGUCAAGUCAGCACAGGACUAGCCAGUAUCUCCCAGCAUAUCAGCAGCAAGGUUACAACGGACCAGACCACGCACGCCUAGGAGCACAACAAACAAUGCCCAUGAUCAACGAACUUCCCGGAUCCUACGAACAACCACCCCAAAACCUCUUCCCCGAUCCUCUCAAGCCCCACGGCGCAGUCUUCCGUUCGGAGCUCCCUGGCGACUCCUCCUUCAACUCCACAACAGCACCCUCCCAAUCGUUCGGCUCAACAGCAACACCCUCACCCCAACCCUCCCCGCGAGCGCCAUCGCAAUCAUCCCUCGACCUCAAACCACCCGUCCAAUACCAAGCUUAUGCGCCACCGUCACAACAACACCCCACCGACCGAAAUACCACCCUAACACCCAGCCACAACUCCUACAACGAGCAUCAACAACAACAGCCACAACCGCAAUCCCCUAACUACAGCCGCCCGAACGUCGCACAAUGGCAACAGAGCGUCUCGAAUACCAGCCAACACAGCAUAAGCCGCAACUCCAGCACCGGCGAUGGAACGUCAUAUCAACAGCACCAGCAGCAAUCACGGCCUUCGAGCAGUAUCGUCCCAGAUCAUCAACGAUUCUCCAAUUUGAGCGUGCAAGACAGGCCGCCGCAGCAGGCUCCGAGGCCAGUGUCGAAUUCAGGCUACCAGCACGCGACGCAUGCGAAGUGUCCGGUUUGUGGCUUGUUUGAGGGCGAUGAGGCGGCGGUUAGUCAUCAUGUUAGUAAGGCACAUUUUUCGUAG